CUUUGUACUUUCACAUUGGGUGCUCCAUUGCACAAAAGAAGAUAAAUAUUUGCUAUUACUUCUUUCUAUCAUCUCUCUCUCUCUCUUUCCGUCUUUCCCUCCUUCCUUCCCAUCUUUAACCUUCAAAGGACUUCCUUGCUUCUGGUGCUUUGAAAAGAAAAUCUGAGGUUCUUGUUUACCCUCUACUCUAUUUUCUUUAAACCAGUUCUGUUCUUUCAAUCUUUUCACUUGAUACAAUCCUUCUACACAGAACAAAGCCUCUAAGUUCCAUUUAUUUACUGUUUUCAGUAUCUUCUUCCUUGGGUUCUCCCUGAAAAGUUCUUGAGCUUUUUCUUGGGUUGCUUCCUCUUCAAGAUCUUAUCUUACUCUGCUUAAAAAAUAAGCUGAAAGAUUUUUUUUUUUCCUCCUGAGAAAGUGAUGGGAAAAUAUUCUCAGAAUUUUCAAGGAAAUAAAUUUGUAUUAAGGUACGAGUAAUUGUUCCCUAGCAUCAAGUCUCUUGACUCUAGCUUACAAUUUUAGAAAAGAAACAAGUUAAAACAGAGCAAACAGAGCAUUUGUUCAUGGAUUCGAGUAGCAAUCACAGUUAUCACAACCAGAACAGUCAAUCCUGUUCUGGGUUGUUGCGGUUUCGAUCAGCUCCAAGCUCACUUCUUGCAAAUUUCAAUGAUAAUGGAGGUAGCAAUGAUUCUGUUAUGAGUUUCCAAGUAUUCGAGGAUAGAUCUGCAGUAAGAGUGAGAGAGCCACCUCUCAAUUAUGCAAAUUCUCCGCAGAAUUACACCGGUUUGCCUCCUCAUUACCCAAGACAAAGUUCAGCUACGACUUCUUCUGCUAUGGAUAGCUGUUAUGGUUUGAUAGGUUCAAUGGCAAUGGGUAAUCAUGAGCAAGCCAAAAGGUUUGAUUCAAAUCUUGCUAGACAGAAUAGCUCCCCUGCUGGACUUUUUGCUAACCUCUCUGUUCAAAAUGGCUAUGCCACCGUGAAAGGCAUGGGGAACUACGCUGGGAUGAAUGGUACAAAUGGAGAAGUAAGUCCAAGAUUAAAGAGCCAACUUAGCUUCCCAGCAAGAGCGCCUUCUUCUUUGGGGAUGUUGUCUCAGAUAUCAGCAAUCGAGAGUGAAAGUAUUGAUGCAGCGAGCCCUGAUAGUGGAAAGCUCAGAAAUGGCAACUGUGACAGUCGAUUUUAUAGCUCUACUGGGUUCCCAUAUGGUUCUUGGAAUGAAUCACAUUUUGCAGAAAAUUUUAAUGGCAUGAAGAGAGAUCCAGAUGAUAAUGGAAAGCUAUUUUCUAAUAUUCAGAAUGGAGAGCUCGGGAAUCGUGUUCAUGUAUUAUCGCGCCACUUAAGUUUGCCAAAGACAUCAGUGGAUAUGGUUGCCAUGGAAAAGUUCCUCCAUUUCCAAGAUUCUGUUCCUUGUAAAAUAAGGGCAAAGCGUGGUUGUGCCACUCAUCCUCGAAGUAUUGCAGAAAGAGUGAGAAGAACCCGGAUUAGCGAAAGAAUGAGGAAACUACAGGAGCUUGUCCCAAACAUGGACAAGCAGCAAACAAACACAGCAGACAUGCUAGAUUUGGCUGUUGUGUACAUCAAAGAUCUUCAAAAGCAAUACAAGACUCUCAGUGACAACAGAGCCAACUGCAAGUGUUUGAGUAAACAGAAGCCAGUGCAAAAUGAAAUUGUUUGACAUGCUUCUGUACAGAGAAUAAGGGAAGUGGAUAGAUAGGAACAUGUUCUUAUUUAUCUUUUUCUGUGAUGUGAACAAGUGUCUAGAAUCAAGAUAUGUUCUUCUUUCCAUGCUCAAGCAUUGCAAGUUUGGUAGAAUUUUCACUGUUAGAUUAUGAUAUGGAAGGUAACAAAGCUUCCAAUUACACAAUACCUGAAAUAAAAGAGAGAAAUGUACAGUGCAUGUUCUUGUAAUUUAUCUUGUUCUCUAUAUGCAAGUUACGUGUUGUUUA